AUGGCAGUCAACGACUACUACAGCUCGAAUUACUACGGGAAUCCUCCCAGAUACGAUGAUUUAGCCGCAGACCACGACUCCUUCAGACGAAACGCAGCAACCCCGGCCUCGCAUGCCUCGCAUGUGUCCCCUUUCGAGACCUCCGACAGCGACCUCCGGCAUCCCGAGCAUAGUCACCAGACACUGGCUUCAGAUCCCAGCGCAUAUCCUGCUGCUGCACGAACAAAUGAACACGAUUACUAUUCUGAGAAUAUCCCGCUGAAUGAACACGAACAAGGUCAUUAUGCAAAUGGCCCACCGCCGGAAUGGAUGCGACAACCCACCCAUUACCCCCCAUCGCCUGAGAUGAUGGAAGUACCAAUCGAUCCGGAGAGGGGGAGGAAGAAGAAGGGGUUCUUCAAGAAGAAGCUGCCAUGGGUGACGUAUCUCCUAACAAUAAUUCAGAUUGUGGUGUUUAUCGUGGAGUUGGUUAAGAAUGCCCAAUUCACAGGAUCGCCCAUCGAAACCAAACCCUCAUUUAACCCGAUGAUCGGUCCCUCGCCGUAUGUCCAGAUCUAUAUGGGAGCGCGGUACGCACCAUGCAUGAAGAAUAUCGACGGUGUGCAGAAUUCCGACACAACCAUCGCCUGGAAUUGCCCCAACAGCACAGUCGCCGAUUCGAUGGAUUCCAGCAACCAGUGCUCAUUGUCUCAAAUGUGCGGCUUUAACGGAGUCCCCAAUCCCGUUCCCGGAGGGUCUCUCGAUGAUAAGCCAGAACCCGACCAAUGGUACCGAUUUAUUAUUCCAAUCUUUCUGCAUGGAGGAUUCAUCCACAUUGGUUUCAACAUGAUUGUACAAUUGACGAUGGGAGUGGACAUGGAGCGAACCAUCGGUUGGUGGCGGUAUGGUCUGGUCUACCUUGCUAGUGGUAUCUUUGGUUUCGUACUGGGUGGAAACUACGCGGGUCAAGCCAACGUUUCGACUGGUUGCUCUGGUGCUCUCUUCGGUAUUCUGGCCCUGUUCAUCUUGGAUCUGUUGUACAACUGGAAAGACCGCCCAUCGCCAUUCGUCGAACUGGUCAUCAUGAUCCUGGGUGUGGGUAUCUCUUUCGUCCUGGGACUGCUUCCCGGAUUGGAUAACUUCUCCCACAUUGGUGGUUUCAUCAUGGGUCUUGCUCUUGGACUUUGCGUCAUGAGAUCACCUAAUGCCCUCCGCGAACGUAUAGGUCUGGCCCGCAACCCGUACGUCGCCAUGAGCGGUGGUGCCGGAGCUGGUCCGGAUGACAACAAGGCCACCACCCCUGGUCCUAGCUUUGUUGAUUACCUCAAGGGUCGGCGAGGGUUGAAUGACCAGCACUCAUCGAUGAAUCCGAUCAACUUCUUCAAGGGCCGCAAGCCACUAUGGUGGGCGUGGUGGUUGGUGCGAGCUGGUGCUCUGGUUGCGGUGCUGAUUGGAUUCAUCUUGUUGAUUGUCAACUUUUACAAAUACCCCAAGUCGAAUUGCGACUGGUGCUACCGGUUGAGUUGUCUGCCGGUUAAGAACUGGUGUGAACAGGACCAGUUGAAUUUCAAGACAACUACGACGAGCAAUUAA